CACCCCCGUCACCCUCCCUCCACACACACCUUAGGCGGGAGCCUAAAACUCUGAGAAGCAGAACCAGGGGCCGAAGCCACCAGACAGAGCCGGGCCUAGCCCAGAGACAUGGACAGUUGCUACGACCCAGGUCUGGAUGGUAUUGCUGAAUAUGAUGAUUUCAAAUUCAGUCCCUCCGUUGUGGAACCCAAGGAGCCAGUCCCCGAGACAGCUAAUGGCCCCUACCUGGUGAUUGUGGAACAGCCUAAGCAACGUGGCUUCCGAUUUCGAUAUGGCUGUGAAGGUCCUUCUCAUGGAGGCCUGCCUGGUGCCUCAAGUGAGAAGGGACGGAAAACCUAUCCCACUGUCAAGAUCUGUAACUACGAGGGCCCUGCCAAGAUUGAGGUGGACCUGGUAACACACAGUGACCCACCUCGUGCUCAUGCCCACAGCCUGGUGGGCAAGCAGUGCUCAGAGCUGGGAGUCUGUGCUGUCUCUGUGGGGCCCAAGGACAUGACUGCCCAAUUCAAUAACCUGGGUGUCCUGCAUGUGACCAAGAAGAAUAUGAUGGAGAUUAUGAUACAAAAACUUCAGAGGCAGAGGCUCCGCUCCAGGCCCCACGGUCUUACAGAGGCUGAGCGGCGGGAGCUGGAGCAGGAGGCCAAAGAGCUGAAGAAAGUGAUGGAUCUGAGUAUUGUGCGUCUACGCUUCUCUGCCUUCCUUCGAGCCAGUGAUGGCUCUUUUUCCCUUCCCCUGAAGCCAGUUAUCUCCCAGCCCAUCCAUGACAGUAAGUCUCCAGGGGCCUCAAACCUGAAGAUUUCUCGAAUGGACAAGACAGCAGGCUCAGUACGGGGUGGAGAUGAAGUUUAUCUUCUUUGUGACAAGGUGCAGAAAGAUGACAUUGAGGUUCGGUUCUAUGAGGAUGAUGAGAAUGGAUGGCAGGCCUUUGGGGACUUCUCUCCCACAGAUGUUCAUAAACAGUAUGCCAUUGUGUUCCGGACACCUCCCUAUCACAAGAUGAAGAUUGAGCGGCCUGUAACGGUGUUCCUACAACUGAAACGCAAGCGUGGAGGGGAUGUAUCUGACUCCAAACAGUUCACCUAUUAUCCUCUGGUAGAAGACAAGGAGGAGGUGCAGCGGAAGCGGAGGAAGGCAUUGCCUACCUUCUCCCAGCCCUUUGGAGGUGGCUCGCACAUGGGUGGAGGCUCUGGGGGCUCUGCUGGGGGUUAUGGAGGAGCUGGAGGAGGAGGUGGCAGCCUCGGCUUUUUCCCCUCCUCCUUGGCCUACAGCCCCUACCAGUCCGGCGCGGCCCCAAUGGGCUGCUACCCGGGCGGCGGGGGCGGGGCGCAGAUGGCCUCCUCCGCGCCGGGUGUGGAUGCUACGGAGGAAGCGGCAGAGCCAAGCGCGCCCCCUGGAAACCCAGAGGGCGAACCACAGGCUCCGGACGUCCUGCUGCGAGCUCGGGAGUACAACGCGCGCCUGUUUGGCCUGACGCAGCGCAGCGCCCGAGCCUUGCUCGACUACGGCGUCACGGCGGACGCGCGCGCGCUGCUGGCGGGACAGCGCCACCUGCUGACGGCUCAGGACGAGAACGGAGACACGCCGCUGCACCUGGCAAUCAUCCACGGGCAGACCAGUGUCAUUGAGCAGAUAGCCCAUGUCAUCUACCAUGCCCAGCACCUCGGUGUUGUCAACCUCACCAACCACCUGCACCAGACACCCCUGCACCUGGCAGUGAUAACUGGACAGACAAGGGUGGUGAGCUUUCUGCUACAGGUGGGUGCAGACCCUGCACUGCUGGAUCGGCAUGGAGACUCAGCCAUGCACCUGGCACUGCGGGCAGGUGCUGGAGCCCCAAACCUGCUGCAAGCACUGCUGCACAGUGGAGCUCCCACUGUGCCCCAGCUGUUACAUAUGCCUGAUUUUGAGGGAUUGUACCCAGUACACCUGGCAGUUCAUGCCCGAAGCCCUGAGUGCCUGGAUCUGCUGGUGGACAAUGGAGCUGAAGUGGAGGCUGCAGAGCGACAGGGAGGCCGAACAGCACUGCAUCUAGCCACCGAGAUGGAGGAGCUGGGGUUGGUUACACAUCUGGUCACCAAGCUCCAUGCCAAUGUGAACGCCCGCACCUUUGCCGGAAACACACCCCUACACCUGGCAGCUGGAUUGGGAUCCCCAACCCUUACCCGUCUCCUUCUAAAGGCUGGUGCUGACAUUCACGCAGAAAACGAGGAGCCUCUGUGCCCACUGCCCUCACCUCCCACCUCUGGAAGCGACUCAGAUUCCGAGGGACCUGAGAGGGACAUCCAGAGCAGCUUCCGAGGCCACACACCUCUUGACCUCACCCGCAGCACCAAGGUGAAGACCUUGCUGCUUAAUGCUGCUCAGAACAUCAUGGAGCCCCCCCUGACCCCACCCAGCCCUGCAGGACCAGGGCUGUCACUUGGGGAGACAGCCUUACAGAAUCUGGAGCAGCUGCUAGAUGGGCCAGAAGCCCAGGGUAGCUGGGCAGAGCUGGCAGAGCGGCUAGGACUGCGCAGUCUAGUGGACACAUACCGGAAGACAGCUUCACCCAGUGGCAGCCUCCUGCGCAGUUAUAAGCUGGCUGGUGGUGACUUGUCAGGUCUGCUGGAUGCCCUGUCUGACAUGGGUCUAGAUGAAGGAGUGCGACUGCUAAGAGGUCCUGAGACCCGAGAAAAGCUGCCUAGCACAGCAGAAGUGAAGGAAGACAGUGCAUAUGGGAGCCAGUCAGUGGAACAGGAGGCAGAGAAGCUGGGCCCACCCCCUGAGCCACCAGGAGGGCUCUGCCAUGGGCACCCCCAGCCUCAGGUGCACUGAACUGCCACCUGCCCUUCAGCCUUCUUCCUGAACUUCUCUGUACAGCAUCCCUAUCUAGUCCAAAUCUUAUUUAACACCCCAUGCCCACAACUCAGUUGGAGCAAAUAAAAGAUUCUCUGGGAGGACCCCCUUCCCAUCUUAUGGCA